UCAAGAGGCUCGGCAAUUGCGUCACACCAUCCAUACCGCGCCCCCGACCACCUUUCGGAUCAAGCAUAAAUUCUCUUUUUACUGCGUCACAAUUUAGACCCAUGGACCGUGACUGGUUCUCUCCAUUUUUUUCGCAUUUUUUUUUUCAACAGGUAAUAAGGAUGUAACUAUAGGACCUACACUUUUUUCCUUUCCCACUAUACUGUAUCUGAUGGAGAAUGGCUGAAGACAAACAUCACGGACAGGGCAUGUUUCGUCUAGGUAGGGGCAUAUUAUCUUACAUGGAAGUCUCAUGACAGUCACCACGGGUGCGUUCAAGACAAAGUUGAUUUCCAGUGUGUAAAUGGAGAGUUGCGGUAUAUUAAGCAAUUGUAGCCUACAUUUGCAUUUAUCUUUAUUAGUGUAGAUGAGCUGUCCCCAACUUUGACAAUUUGUCUGGAAUUCAAUGAAACACUGCAAGAACGAAAUAUCGCACACAAGUCUGUUGCUACUGUGGCAACAGCAAUUACUUCAUAAAACAUGCAUUUGGUAGAACAACGUGAAUGAAUUCGUUUUGGAUUUGCAUGGAUUUGGGUGUAAACUAUAACAGUAUGUCAGGUUUUGAGAUUUGCUUCAACACAAAUUAGGGAAUCAAGGGGAAAAACGGUAUGAAGGCAACUGUAUGGGCAUGGGGAGUUAUUUUACCUGGACAAAGGUCAGCUUUAUGAGGGCUUCUGGGUGGACCGAGUGGCCAAAUGUGGAACAGUGUCGGACUUUGGAAGAGGCAACAACAACCACAAUAUACACAACUCCUAAGCGCUCCAUCUGCCGGACAAUGUACGACGAAAACGAGGACUUCUCUGACGUUGAAGAAAUUGCAAAUGUCAGGGGUUUUAAUCUGGAGGAGAAACUUGUUAGCAAUUCGUACAACAGACAUUUCGUUCAGUUGAUGGACGGCAAAGAUUUCACUUAUGAGUAUGUUCAAAGAGAAGCACUCCAGACCCCUCUUAUUUUCAAAGCCAAAGAUGGACUGGGGCUCAGAAUGCCAGACCCGGAGUUCACCGUCAGUGAGAUUAAGGGUUUGGUUGGUAGCCGUCGUGCCGUUGAUGUGAUGGACGUGAGCACUCAGAAAGGCUCUGAGAUGAGCAUGGCCCAGUUUGCCCGCUACUAUGAGACUCCUGAGGAGGAGCGGGACAAACUCUUUAAUGUUAUCAGCCUGGAGUUCAGCCACACCAAACUGGAGAAUCUCGUCAAGAGGCCCACUGUAGUGGAUCUAGUGGACUGGGUGGACAACAUGUGGCCCCUUAAACUGAAACAAAGACAAACUGAAGCCACUAAUGUCAUCUCAGAGAUGAAGUACCCCAAAGUACAGAAGUACUGUUUGAUGAGCGUGAAGGGCUGCUAUACUGACUUCCACAUUGAUUUCGGGGGCACGUCUGUGUGGUAUCACGUGUUCAAGGGAGGAAAGGUGUUCUGGCUGGUGCCUCCGACACCUCAUAACCUUACCCUGUAUGAGGACUGGGUUCUGUCAGGCAAGCAGAGUGACGUCUUCCUGGGAGAUCGUGCAGAUGGCUGCCAGAGAGUUGAGCUAAAACAGGGCUACACCUUCUUCAUCCCCUCCGGCUGGAUUCAUGCAGUCUACACCCCCGAGGACACACUGGUGUUCGGAGGCAACAUUCUGCACAGCUUUAACAUUCCCAUGCAACUCUCAAUCUAUGAGAUAGAGAACAGGACUAAGGUUCAUUCCAAGUUCCGCUACCCGUUCUACAAUGAGAUGUGCUGGUAUGUCCUGGAGAGGUACGUGCACUGCCUGACCAAGCGCUCCCAUCUCGCUCCGGAGUUUCACAGAGAUCCUCUGCUAAUCGAUUUGGAAACGAAGCUGAGCACUGAGAGCCCCUCCUCUGACUCGCGGAGUCAGGACAUGGACGAGGAGGACUCCUGCGAGAUGCAACAGGAACGAGAUGAACGGAGUGACAGGUCAGCAUUUGAUGACCCCUGCUCUCCUGAUAACAGGAAGGGUAAACCCAGCGCCCCUCAGCCUCUUAAAGCUGCCUUGGAUGAUAGCUGCAACCCCACCUCCAUCCAGCCUCCAGAGUUCCCCAAAACCCCCUCUGGUUCGCCAGGCUCAGAGUCUCAGAGUAAAUGGACUCAUUUGACUGAGUUUGAACUGAAGGGCCUUAAGGCCCUGGUGGAGAAGCUGGAAGCACUCCCCGAAAAUAAGAAAUGUGUCCCAGAUGGCAUGGAGGACCCCCAGGCCCUGCUGGAUGACAUGAAGGUUGUCUUGAAGGAACAUGAAGACGAUGAUCCCAAAAUGGCUGCCACUGGUGUACCUGUGGUGUGCUGGCCCAAGAAGUCUUCCAAGCAGCAGAGACCUCCCAACAGGCCCAAACCCAAAAUGGCGGCCUCGUCUCCAGCGCCUGCGGUCAAGCUAUCGGCCAGCCGGAGCACAUCUGGGGCCCGGAGAAGGAGGACACGAUGUCGGAAGUGUGAGGCGUGCCUGAGGACAGAGUGUGGAGAAUGCCACUUCUGUAAAGACAUGAAGAAGUUUGGAGGGCCGGGUCGCAUGAAACAGUCCUGCAUCAUGAGGCAGUGUAUCGCGCCUGUCCUGCCCCACACUGCGGUGUGUCUGGUGUGUGGGGAGGCAGGGAAGGAGGACACGGUGGAGGAAGAGGAGGACAAAUUUAACCUCAUGCUCAUGGAGUGCUCCAUCUGCAAUGAGAUAGUCCAUCCCCUCUGCCUAAAGGUGAAGAAUUCUGGUGGAGUUGUAAAUGAAGAGUUGCCAAACUGCUGGGAGUGUCCGAAAUGCAACCAUGCAGGGAAGACCGGGAAAGCUGUCAAGCAAAAAAGAGGACCAGGAUUCAAGUACGCGUCCAACCUUCCCGGGUCACUGCUGAAGGACUCGCGAUUGAACCGUGACGUUAAGGAAGAGUCCGAACUGCCCAGUGUGCCAACAUCACCCACUGCAGUGAAGAGGAAGGCAGAGCGUGAUGACACCCCCAAGAGGAAAGCAGAGGAAUAUCCUCCUCUGAAGAAACGUUCUCCCAUGUUGUCUCUGGGCGGGCUACCUCAUCCCCGACCCAGGCCUGAGGACAACCCUCUGAGGAAGAAGAGGAAGCUGUUCGACAUCAAAGAUGAGGACGAGCCUCCUGUUGUCAAGAAAAAGAAGAAGCCCCCAAAACCUGAUGACACCUUCACCUCCAAGCUGUUACGGCCCAUCAAGCAAGAGAAAGUUGAUGAGGACGAAGACCAUGAAGAUGACAGAUACACAGGGGACAGGGUUGCAGCUAAAGGGAAAAGAGAAGAGGAUGAAGAUAAGGAGGAUGAUGAGGAAGAAGAAGAGGAGAAAGAUGGUGUAGAGGACAGUAAAGACGGUAAAGUAAAGACUGUGCUGAGUCCACUGCUACGGACGUCUGCAGCCAGAGAGAGUGACCAGUCCUGCUCCAGCUCUCCCCGGGCAGGGCCCAGCAGUGAGGGGGGCGAUGCCCCAGACAAGACACUUGGCCAGCUGAAGGCACACCAGCGACGCCGUCUACCCAACAAAGAGCUGAGCAAGGAGCUGAGCAAAGAGCUCAACCUGGAGAUCCAGAAGACCGAGGACUGCUUGGCCAAUCAGAGCCGCAGACCACUGAAGGGGGAGAACAGCCCAACCAAUAACAACCGUCGACCACUGAAGACUGAGGACUCCUCUAUCAAUCAGAACCGCAGACCACUAAAAACAGAGGACUCCCCCACCAAUCAUAACCGCAGGCCAAUUAAGACAGAGGAUGGCCUAUCCAAUCACAACCGUCGACCAUUGAAGACAGAGGACUGCUUGGCCAAUCAGAACCACAGGCCAAUGAAGACAGAGCCUGAGAGUGACGGGGAGGAGCCUAAGCCCAAACGGCCACUCGACAACGGCAGCAGUGACCUCGGAGACUGGCUCCACCCCAGGGGGCGGGAGGUGAAUGGGACGCCCCGCCAGCUCUCGCCCCUGGGGUGGAACCGCAGCCCUCCGAUCACACCUAUUUGCCCACGCCCCCCUCCCUGCCACUCACCACCCAAGUGUGUACAGAUGGAGCGUCACGUGAUCCGGCCGCCUCCCAUCAGCCCCCCACCAGACAGACUUCCCCUGGAUGACGGACAGGCCCACGUGAUGCGCAGGGAGGUGUGGAUGGUCGUGUUCAGCCACCUCGCACACAGAGACCUGUGUGUCUGCAUGCGUGUCUGCAAGACCUGGAACAGAUGGUGCUGUGAUAAGAGGCUGUGGACGCAGAUCGAUCUGAACCGCUGUAAGUCAAUCACUCCCCUCAUGCUGAGUGGCAUCAUCCGCAGACAGCCUGUGGCUCUGGACCUCAGCUGGACCAACAUCUCCAAGAAGCAGCUCAGCUGGCUCAUCAACAGACUGCCAGGUCUGCGGAUGCUGCUGCUCUCAGGCUGCUCCUGGGUGGCUGUGUCUGCCCUCUGCACCGCCAGCUGUCCGCUGCUGCGGACCCUGGACGUCCAGUGGGUAGAGGGUCUCAAAGACGCCCAGAUGAGGGAUCUGCUCUCACCCCCCACAGACAACAGACCAGGUCAGCUGGACAACAGGAGUAAGCUGCGAAAUGUGGUGGACCUGCGUCUGGCCGGGCUGGACAUCACGGACACCUCUCUGCGCCUCCUCAUCCGCUACAUGCCCCAGCUUACCAGACUGGACCUGAGCUACUGCAACCACGUCACUGACCAGUCAGUCAACAUCCUGACCGCUGCAGGGACCACCACCAGAGACUCGCUCACUGACAUCAACCUCUCCGUGUGCAACAGAGUCACGGACCAGUCCCUGACUUACUUCAAGCGCUGUGGAAGCAUCUGUCAUAUUGACUUGCGAUACUGCAAGCAGGUGAGCAAAGAGGGCUGCGAGCAAUUCAUUGCUGAGAUGUCAGUGAGUGUACAGUUUGAACUAGUAGAGGAGAAACUACUGCUGAAACUCAGCUAGUGGACAAACAGCAGGUUGACGAAGACUGUACUGUAUGCACUGGCUAGCUAGAAAACUUGUCAGAAUAAGGAACUGGCAAGGGUGAUGUUAUCACCAUGGAGACUGUGUUGUAUUUCACGCACCUCUGUGCAAAAAAACAACCCACAUUGGAAAUGGCAUAAGACAUUUUAAAAGUGACUGUUGCCCUGAUACUCACUGAAUGGCUCUUGUGCUGCUGAAGCAAGAAUGUUUUCCAAAACAGGAUGUUCAACAUGUAAGGCAGGACACCUGGCUGUACUGGAAAUUUGACAGAGCAUGUUUUUUUUUUUUCUUCCUUUGUCUUUGCUAAGAUAUUGAAGUAUUUAUUUUUUUCUUUCUGCAAGUGAACUCUACAUACAUACAUACAUACAGUGGGGUAAAAAAAGUAUUUAGUCAGCCACCAAUUGUGCAAGUUCUCCCACUUAAAAAUAUGAGAGAGGCCUGUAAUUUUCAUCAUAGGUACACUUCAACUAUUACAGACAAAAUGAGGGGGAAAAAUCCAGAAAAUCACAUUGUAGGAUUUUUAAUGAAUUUAUUUGCACCCACACAACAUGAUGCUGCCACUCUUGUGGUUCACGAUUGGGGUGGUGUUCUUCAGCUUGCAAGCCUCCCCCUGUUUCUUCCAAACAUAACGAUGGUCAUUAUGGCCAAUCGGUUCUAUUUUUGUUUAAUUCACCAAAAAGUACGAUCUUUGUCCCCAUGUGCAGUUGCAAACCAUAGUCUGGCUUUUUUUAUGGCGGUUUUGGAGCAGUGGCUUCUUCUUGUCGAUAUAGGACUCGUUUUACUGUGGAUAUAGAUACUUUUGUACCUGUUUCCUCCAGCAUCUUCACAAGGUCCAUUGCUGUUGUUCUGGGAUUGAUUGUCACUUUUCUCACCAAAGUACGUUCAUCUCUAGGAGACAGAACGCGUCUCCUUCCUGAGCGGUAUGCCGGCUGCAUGGUCCCAUGGUGUUUAUACUUGCAUACUAUUUUUUGUACAGAUGAACGUGGCACGUUCAGGCCUUUGGAAAUUGCUCCCAAGGAUGAACCGGACUUGUGGAGGUCUACAAUUUAUUUUCUGAGGUCUUGGCUGAUUUCUUUUGAUUUUCCCAUGAUGUCAAGCAAAGAGGCACUGUGUUUGAAGGUAGGCCUUGAAAUACAUCCACAGGUACACCUCCAAUUGACUGAAAUGAUAUCAAUUAGCCUAUUAGAAGCUUCUAAAGCCAUGACAUCAUUUUCUGGAAUGUUCCAAGCUUCUGACUCACUGGAUUUGUCAUACAGUGAAUUAUAAGUGAAAUAAUCUGUCUGUAAACAAUUGUUGGAAAAAUGACUUGUAUCAUGCACAAAGUAGAUGUCCUAACCGACUUGCCAAAACUACAGUUUAUUAAAAAGACAUUUGUGGAGUGGUUGAAAAACGAGUUUUAAUGACUCCAACCCAAGUGCAUGUAAACGUCAACUAUAUAUAUAUAUAUAUAUGGGGUCAUUUAAAAAUGUCCUUAUUUUUUAAAGAAAAUCCUUUCUUUUUGUCCGUUUAAAAUAACAUCAAAUUGAUCAGAAAUGCAGUGUAGACAGUGUUAAUGUUGUAGAUGACUAUUGUAGCUGGAAACGGCAGAUUUUUUAUGGAAUAUCUACAUAGGCGUACAGAGGCCCAUUAUCAGCAACCAUCACUCCUGUGUUCCAAUGGCACAUUGUGUUAGCUAAUCCAAGUUUAUAAUUUUAAAAGGCUAAUUGAUCAUUAGAAAACCCUUAUGGAAUUAUGUUAACACAGCUGAAAACUGUUGUGCUGAUUUAAAGAAGAAAUACAACUGAGCAAGAGGACAAGUACAUAAGAAUGUCUAGAUUGUGAAACAGACGCCUCACACAUCCUCAACUGGCAGCUUCAUUAAAUAGUACCCGCAAAACAUCGUCAACAGUGAAGAGGCGACUCCAGGAUGCUGGCCUUAGCAGAAUUGCAAAGAAAAAGCCAUAUCUCAGCCUGGCCAAUAAAAAAAGAAGGUUAAGAAGGUUAAGAAGGGCAACAGAUCACAGACACUGUACGUACGUACGUACACACAGACACACACACACACACACACACACUGAGUGAAAAAAACAUUAGGAACACCUUCCUAAUAUGGAGUUGCACCAUUUUGCCCUCAACAGGCUCAUUACGUUGGGGACUCUACAAGGUGUCAAGUUUUCUCCAAUGCUUCCUACAGUUGUGUCAAGUUGGCUGGAUGUACUUUGGGUGGUGGAUCAUUCUUGAUACACACUGGAAACUGUUGCGUGUGAAAAACCCAGCAGUGUUGCAGUUCUUGCCUCACUCAAACUGGUGUGCCUGGCUCCUACUACCGUAACCUUUUGAAAGGCACUUAAAUCUUUUGUCUUCCCAUUCCACUUCUGAAUGGCACACAUACACAAGACAUGUCUCAAUUGUUGCAAGGCUUAGAAAUCCUUUUUUAACGGGUCUCCUCCCCUUCAUCUACACUGGUUUGAAGUGGAUUUAACAUCACAUUAAUAAGGGACCAUAGCUUUCACCGGGAUUCACCUGGUCAGUCUGUCAUGGAAAGAGCAGGUGUUCUCUUUCCAUGAGGAAUGAUUGUUUUGGGUUAAAAACCACUCCAGGCCACUCUUGAACAUCUAAAACUAGAUCUAAAAAUAACUGCCUUUUUUUCUGACCUGCAAAUUUGCUUUUGACGAACACAUCGGUCCGAAAAUAAACCUUUGUGGCUCAACGUUUAAUUUUGAAAAGCUGAUGUGGCCAAAAUGAUAGGCCACCCCUGGUGUGUACACAAUGGUCAUGUUUUUCAAAUUUGGUUAAUUAUUUUCUUUUGUUGCAGCGCACCGUUUAUGCAUUAUACAGAACAAUUUUUUUUAAUCAAAGUGUUUCAUACUUUUGUGCAGUACUGAAUGCACUGAUUUACAUGUACCAUUUUGAUUGAAAAGUGUCAAUCUGCCUCACUGUUUGUUUUUUACUAUUUAGACUCAAACCUCUGAAGAUGUAUGCCAAUAGAGCAGUAGCUUGUUUUCUGUGCAGGUGUUUUAUAUUGUAUUUAUUUAAGUGCUGCUAUUUAAUUUUGAUAUUUGUAUUUGUCUGUACACAGGUACUUUCUCCUUUCCACAGAACACUUGUUUUUACUCCACUUCAAUUUCUAAAUAUCUAUAAAAAUCGAUUUCCACUGUUUGACAAUUUGUUUUAUAUUACUGUACUUUCCCAGGUUUAUCAAGCCAGUGUGAGUUGGCACCAGUGACCGUUUGCUAGAGGAAGCAUCAUGAGACUGAUUUAAAGUCUACUGUCAAUCAGUCUCCAUAUACUAGGCUGUUUUUAAUUGUAUGUAUUUUUUACAAGGGAUACUCACACCUAUAGAUGCAGGUUUUAAAGACAUGCUCCUGAACUUUGCCGACUAGUGAGUCUUUUUUAAACCUCACACUUUCGACUGAUGUGUCAAUGCCGUUCAUACAUGCAUAAUAUAUGAACAGAAUUACUGUUCCACGAAAUCGCUAGUUUGAAAGUGACUGUUUACUGGAAACUGUAGGCUCUGCCAUUUUCCCCCCACGUGGGCUUGCCCCCUAGCAAUUUGAGCUUCAGCCCCUCGCAAUCAAAUUGUAUUUGUCACGUGUGCCGAAUACAAUGGUUGUAGACUUAACCAUAUAAUGCUUGAGUGACAGCUAGCAAGAUGUACACAUAAUAGAGAGAGAGAGCAAUGAUGUGGUGCACAUAUCUGAUGUGGUAUGCAGUUUUCGGGGACCAGUUUUAUCUUAUGAGCACUACUUUCACAGAGCUACUGGCUAAAAAGUAUACAAAAGUACUGAAGAAUCUCUUUAACCAGACACAGUAUAGUAUGUGUAUAUGGCAUAAUAAUAACCUGCAUACACAAGUAAAGCCACUACUUACUACUGGUGUAAUAUAAGGAAUGUAGUUAGUUACCUGUCAGACACUGACGUACAGUUCCCCAGUUUGUAUUUAACUCGUGUUUAUUACAGUAAAUAACAAAAGUAUGGCUACUGGGGGGUUCUAAUGUGUAUAUAAAUCUACUUUUUUUGUAUGAGGACAGGUCUAACUACCAACCAUGUCUUCCCUGUGCAGUUGGGAAAUAUUUUAGUACUAGUAUGUCAUUGGUUCAACUGUAUAUACUGUAUAGAGAACUGUUUGUGACUUGAGUUAUAAAAAUUAAUUCUAAAUACUGAACUCUAUUUUUGGUCAUGUUUCCACGAUUGUCUUAAUUUAUCUUUUUGGUCAUGUUUAUAAGCAUUGUGUGCAAUAUGUAAACAAAAACAUUUGUGAAAUAUGUUUAAAGUAUGUCAUAUGGAUUAUCUAUUCAUGGUUUUUACAUUCUGAAAUAAAGACCUUAAACAUCAA